AUGGUGGAGUUGGAAGUAAUUUUGGGUGAAGCAGAAGAAGGACCACUGAAGACCAUGACAACAGUUUUUAACAUCGUGGAUAUCCCCUUAGCAUACAACGCUAUUUUAGGAAGACCUUUCCUAUACCAAUCCGGCGCAGUCACCAGUAUCAGAUGGUUGACACUCAAAAUUCCUGACAAAGAGGGAAUAGGAACCGUGAAAGGACGCCAGCUAGUCGCGCGAGAACGCAAUCUGAUAACAAAAGAAAGAGGCGAGAGUUUGAACAUUGAAGCAUUUACAGAAGAUCCAGAAGAGGAAGAAGGAGAUAGGAACGCACCGGUAGGUAAUUUAGUAGAAUUCCAGAUCACUCAGAAGAAGGCAGUAAUGAUUGAAAUAGAAAUAUCAGAGGGGGUAGCUACAGAGAUCAAGAGCGUGUUGAAAAAGAAUGGAGACACCUUUGCCGCAGAUGCUUCAGAAGUAGUAGGGAUAGAUCCGGUAGUAGCAUCUCAUAAGCUGACUGUUUACAAAGACACCAAACCGGUAGUGCAGAAGAAGAGACGAUUCGCAGAGGACCGAAGAAAGGUCAUAGAAGAAGUGGUGCGGAAGUUAGAGGCGACAAAGUUCAUAAGAGAAGUAAUGUACCCGGAGUGGGUUGCUAAUGUUGUCUUGGUGAAAAAAGCGAAUGGAGGAUAUCGCAUGUGUGUGGAUUUUACAGAUUUGAACAAAGCAUGCCCAAAGGACAGCUACCCGGUGCCUAAUAUUGAUCAAUUAGUAGAUUCAACGGCAUGCUACCAGCUGUACAGCCUCGCAGACGCAAAGCAGGGUUAUCACCAGAUACCAAUGAACGAAGCAGAUCAGAUAAAGACAGCCUUCACAACGGAUUUAGGCACGUAUUGCUACAACGUCAUGCCGUUUGGGUUGAAGAACGUAGGAGCAACAUACCAGCGGUUACUGAAUUUCAUGUUCAAAGACCAGCUAGGGAGGAACAUCGAAGUCUACGUAGAUGAUUUGAUCAUAAAAAGCAACACCCCAGAAGCGCAUGCCAAAGACCUAGAGGAAACCUUUGCAGUAUUGAACAAAUUCAACAUGAAGUUAAAUCCGGAGAAGUGUGCAUUUGGCAUCAAAGCUGGAAAAUUCCUUGGGUACUUAGUAAGUCAAAGGGGUAUAGAGGCAAAUCCUGAAAAAAUCCAGGCCAUCUUAGACAUGGUGGCACCGCGAAGCAUCAGAGAGGUCCAGAAACUGAACGGAAGGGUAACAGCACUAAGGCGAUUUGUUUCUUCGUCGGCAAAGAGAUGUUUGCCCUUUUUCAAGCAAUUGCGCAAUAUGAAAAAAUUUGAAUGGAAUGAAGAGUCAGGAAAAGAAACAGUUGCAUCAGUCCUAGUAAGGGAAGAAGAAGAGGAGCAGCUGCCUAUUUAUUACUCCAGCAGGACGCUGAAGGGCGCAGAGCUGAAUUACCCGACAAUCGACAAGUUGGCAUUAAUGGUAGUAGUUGCAGCGAAGAAGUUAAGACCAUACUUUCAAGGACACACAAUCGUCGUACGCACCAAUCAGCCUUUGAGGAAGGCACUGCAGAGACCGGAGACAUCGGGAAGGAUGAUCAGCAGGUCCGUUCAACUGGGAGAGCACGAUAUAAGAUAUGAACCAAGGAAAACACUGAAGGCACAGGCACUUGCAGACUUUGUGGUAGAGAUGACGGAGAAACCAGAUAGCGAGGAACCCAGAGAAGCAGUUACUUGGAACCUCUACGUAGAUGGAGCUUCCAAUGACCUCGGAGCCGGAGUAGGUAUCGUCUUGGAAGGACCAAUGGGAAUAACAAUCGAAUAUGCAGUACACCUAAAAUUUAAAGUAACCAACAACGUGGCAGAAUAUGAAGCUCUCAUAACAGGAUUGUCAAUCGCGAGAGAACUGAAAACCGAAGUACUGCGAGUCCAUUGCGACUCCCAGUUAGUCACAAGACAAAUAGGAGGACAAUUUCAAGCAAAAGAAGCGAAGAUGGCGAGAUACAUGGAGAAAGCAAAAGAACUCUUGAAUGACAUAGAGAAAGUCGGAGGCGAAUGGGAAAUCUGCCCUAUACCCAGAGAAGAAAACGCAGCCGCAGAUGCAAUCGCCAAAGCAGCAGCUGCGAAGAGUCAGCGUUUCACAGAAAUGAAGAUGAAAGAAGAACGCUCGACUUCUUCUGUAGACACAGACGAAGAAGUAUUACCUAUAGAAGAGGUAGACACCUGGAUGCAAACACUAUUGGCAUACCUGACGGAUGGCACUCUCCCAGAGCAAACAGCUGAAGCAGCAAAAAUAGUCCGGCAGUCGGCAUCAUAUUCAGUCUUAGAGGGAGUGCUCUACAGGGCAUCAGGCACACACCCAUGGUCUCGGUGCCUGACAAAGGCAGAAGGCCUAUAUGUUCUACGAGAAAUCCAUGAGGGCAUCUGCGGAGCUCACGAGGCAUCAGCAGCCUUGGUCAGGAAAGCAUCCCUGCAAGGUUUCUACUGGCUGUCCAUGAAGAAAGAUGCAGAAGACUUAGUACUCAAAUGCGAGAAGUGCUAG